AAAAAAAAACAAAAUGUCAAGAUGACAACGUCAAAAUUGUUGAUAAACAUUCACGAAGGACUUGAAAUUCAGAAACAUUUGGGAAAAGUGUAUUUAGUAUCAGGAAACUAUGAAUAUUAUCAUUAUUUAUGCGAUGGUUUUGAUGACAGGGGUUGGGGCUGUGGAUACAGAACACUCCAAACAAUAUGCUCAUGGAUAAACUUUAACUAUAAAGAAAAUGGUGAAGUGCCGUCCAUUCACCAAAUUCAAGAAAUUCUGGUUGGGCUAGAGGAUAAGCCGAAGUCAUUUUUGAGAUCCAGACAGUGGAUUGGCAGUUUUGAAGUAUGUUUAGUAAUAGACAAGCUAUAUGACAUACCAUGCAAAAUAGUGCAUGUAAACAAAGGCGAAGAUUUAAAAACCAUAGUGAAUACUUUAGUGACCCACUUUGAACAAUUUGGCAGCCCGAUCAUGAUGGGCGGAGACAUUGAUUGCUCCUCCAAAGGCAUCAUGGGAAUAUAUGUCAAUCAACAAGGUGAUGCCAGUUUAUUGGUAGUGGAUCCUCACUAUGUGGGUAAAGAACAGUCAAAUCAGUUCUUACAAAGCAAAGGCUGGGUUAAAUGGCAGCCACUAAAAGAUUUUUUGAGUUCAUCCUUUUACAACCUAUGUUUACCUCAAGUAAAAUCUAAAAAUAAAAUUGAUUGAUUGUUAGGUAUAAUA